UCUGGGAUUUUUACAUGCGAGGGUCCAGCAAUGAAAAAUAUCAGAACUCCAUUUUGGGGGAUAAUUAAUGAUAUUAAAGGAAGGGCUGCAUGCUAUAAGGAAGAUUGGAUAUGUGCAUUCUGCUCAGGCAUUGGGAUAUUGGCUCCAACUGCCUACAUCUUCUUUGCUUCUGCUCUCCCCGUUAUUGCCUUUGGGGAGCAACUGAGCAGGGAAACAGGUGGAAGCUUAAGCACGGUGGAAACAUUGGCUUCUACUGCUCUCUGUGGAAUUGUUCACUCAAUUAUUGGUGGACAGCCUUUGCUUAUUUUAGGAGUUGCAGAACCCACAGUUAUAAUGUACACUUAUUUGUACAAUUUCAGUAAAGGACGGCCAGAGUUGGGGAGCAAGCUGUUUUUAGCUUGGGCUGGUUGGGUUUGCAUCUGGACAGCACUCCUGCUGUUUGUUCUUGCCAUAUUCAAUGCAUGUACAAUCAUCACUAAAUUUACAAGGAUAGCAGGGGAACUUUUUGGCAUGUUGAUUGCUGUUCUUUUCAUGCAAGAGGCUGUUAAGGGAGUAAUCAGUGAAUUCAGUACCCCCAAAGCUGAAGAUCCAGCAUUAGAAAAGUAUCAAUUCCAGUGGCUGUAUACAAAUGGGUUGCUUGCGACCAUUUUCUCUUUUGGUGUUCUUUUCACUGCACUUAAGAGCAGAAGAGCAAGAUCAUGGCGAUAUGGCACAGGAUGGCUCCGUGGUUUUAUUGCAGACUAUGGGGUUCCCCUUAUGGUCUUGUUGUGGUCAGCAUUGGCUUAUGCAGUACCCGAUAAGGUUCCCGAUGGAGUUCCUAGGAGGCUCUUUUGUCCAUUUCCCUGGGAAUCUGCAUCAUUGUACCAUUGGACAGUAAUCAAGGAUAUGGGGAAGGUACCGCUGUUGUACAUCUUUGCUGCCUUUAUACCAGCCGUGAUGAUAGCAGGUUUAUACUUUUUUGACCACAGUGUAGCUUCUCAGAUGGCACAGCAAAAGGAGUUUAACCUCCAAAAACCUUCUGCAUACCAUUAUGAUAUCUUAUUGCUUGGACUAAUGACUAUGAUUUGUGGGUUGCUUGGACUUCCUCCUUCAAAUGGGGUCCUCCCGCAGUCCCCCAUGCACACCAAGAGUCUUGCAGUUCUCAAGAGGCAGUUGAUCCGAAAGAAAAUGGUGAAGAGUGCAAAGGAAUGUAUUAAACAACAAGCAAGCAACUCUGAAAUCUAUGGAAAGAUGCAAGCUGUUUUCAUAGAGAUGGACACAGCUCCAACUACCAAAGAGUUGGAGAACUUGAAGGAGGCUGUAAUGAAAGCUGAUGAAGGGGGAGAUGCAAAGGGCAAAUUCGAUCCGGAGAAACACAUUGAUGCUUAUUUGCCUGUCCGGGUUAAUGAGCAAAGAAUGAGUAACUUGUUGCAGUCCCUUCUUGUGGGCUUAUCAAUUUUUGCCAUCUCUGUAAUCAAAAGGAUACCUACCUCUGUUCUUUGGGGAUACUUUGCCUACAUGGCCAUUGAUAGUCUCCCAGGGAAUCAGUUCUGGGAAAGGAUGUUGCUCCUCUUUAUCACCCCCAAACGUCGCUACAAGGUCUUGGAAGGCUCUCAUGCUUCAUUUGUGGAGUCAGUACCAUUUAAGUUCAUUGCUACAUUUACAAUCUUCCAAUUUGUGUAUUUUCUGGUCUGUUUUGGAGUGACAUGGAUACCUAUAGCUGGAAUAUUGUUCCCGUUGCCGUUCUUCAUUCUCUUAAGCAUAAGACAGCAUGUGCUUCCCAAGCUCUUUGACCCUAACCAUCUUCAGGAACUGGAUGCUUCUGAGUAUGAGGAAAUUGUUGGUGCCCCGCAGCGUAAUCGAAGUCUCUCAAUUGUGGAAAAAGAACUGCCUGAUUCUGAUAGUGAGGAGACUUUGGAAGAAUUCUACGAUGCCGAGAUAUUGGAUGAGAUGACGACCAAUAGAGGGGAGGUCAAGCUUAGAACCGUAAACUGCAGCGAAGACAGAUUCUUUCAGGUUUACCCGGAAGAUGUCCGACUACAAUGAGAGCUGCUGUGGUGUUAGGAUAUAGACUGUGCUUGUUAUAAUGAGGUGGUGAAUGUGAUCCUCUGAAGAAGUGGUGAAAUGUGCUGUCUUCUUCUUUGGA